CCCGAGUCUCACAGGGUUUCCCAAACUCUUCCUGGACCCUUCCUUCCUGCGCGCACGUUUUGGUUUUUGCCCUAGCGCUACACAAUUGAUUCAAAUAACCAACUCAUCGUCAAGCUUUGAUGAUUAAAUCAGCUGUGUAGUGCUAGGGCAAAACCAAAAUGUGCACACAGGGACGACGACGCGAGGACCGAGUCUGGGAAACCUUGUAACUACACCACCAGCACAGUGGGCGGGGAGACAGCAGGUGACACAAUAUUUUGUUAAAUAUGAAUAGCUUAUGGAACUAUUUCAGUUCGACAACCAAACUUUAUUUGACACACAAUGAAUUAUAGACAAAACCAUAGAAAAACGUGGAUUUGACUUAAGUAAAAAGACUGAAAUAAAAAAUAUUGUUUAGUUUUAAAACUGAAAUUCGACAGAUUCUGGUGUCCUUGUCUUUGUGGACGUGACAAACAAUGUGGUAUUUGCUCAAUAGGCUACUGUGUGGAGUGAAUUCCAGCACUGUAAACCCAUCAAUGAGCCAAGGUUUAUCUGUCGCCCGAGGAGGAUACAGAAAAGUGCAUCUCUCCAUUUACCCGACACACACUCGCGUUUAUCGUCGUGGCGGCGGGGCAUGCUUGCACACCAGAACAUGUCCCGCCGUCACCUAAAUCCACUAUAGUUUGUCCCUAUUUACCAAAUGUCAUGAAUUCAAUAUCCAAUAGAAAUUGGCUUCUACUGUACAUGCAUGCACUGGCUGGCCUUUGAUACCCAUGACCUCUUUAGACUGUCCAUCCAUGCACCGACACUUUCUGAUUGUCAGAUAUCAUUAAUGUCACCCAUCUAACAAGAGGAUAAAGGAGGGGCGGAGAAUUGUCAAAUCUCAUUGUGCAGAUUAGAUUAGACUAUAAAACCAGCUCCUCCAGUCGACCAGUCCCAUGGCAUGUAUUGGUGGGCAUCUACAAGGCACAAUACACUGUAUAAUACAAGCAGGGAUAGUGCAAAUAAGAGAAGCGCAGAUCUUACCACCAGUCAGCUGUUUGCAAUGGAGAUCCUGGAGGCGAGAGCGGCGCAAAUUGCGCAACGAUGGAUAACUGACAUUUUUACGCGCGUCCACACCACCUGCGACGUUCCCGAACACGCAGUUUUUGGACCAUGUGAGCUUAAUCACACCUCUGUUUAUGACAGCAUCGCCUUCAUCGCUCUCAAGUCUAUGGACAGAAGAUCGGCACCAUACAUUUUAAGGGUGGACACCUCAGCGCACAAAAUGCCCACUGACGGUCCGAUGUGGCUGCGGCUCGUCCAGUCAGCCCGGAGCAGCGAGGAACAGAACCUGGAGGCCUAUGUGAAGAACGGACAACUGUUCUUUAGAGCCCUCAGGACGAUCCAGAAGGAUGAGGAGCUUUUGGUGUGGUAUGGGAAAGACCUUGCCAAGCUUCUUCUACUGAACCCAUUGCAGAUGCAAAGCAAAGGUGCUGGUCCAUACACAUGUACAAACUGCAACCAGGGCUUUGAGUCUGAGUUCCCUUUCCUGGCACAUUGGAGAUUCCUUUGCACACAGAGACAACCAAACAGCCACACCACCAAACCUGGUCAAGACAACACCAACCAUGUGAAACCUGGCUCCCUUCCCGUUCCUGCCUUCAAACUGAGCCAUCCAGAGACAAGUCCACAGGAUGGAAAACCUGCAACAGACUUCCACAAUCUAGCCAGGGAUAUGGAGAAUACCAGUAAUAAGACAGGCUUGUCUGGUACCAGGUGGGCAGGGAGUGCCCUCAAAAGGAAACACACAGAGGAGAAUAGGAAUGGCCCACAGCCUCUAGUCAUAAAGCAGGAACCACUGGAGAGAGGUUACUGUACUUUGAACUUGAACCAACAACCUAGCCCGGUCACCUGUCACCUGCCCACCAAUAUAAUAAGGAGCACCUUCACUAAAGACAGAACCGCUCAACUAAAACCACAACUGAAGACCUCAGGGCCAGAAGACAUCAGAUCCAACCCACAGAACCAGAGCAUUCAGCCCGGAAGUGGCCCAGCAGUGGAGCAGAGUGACUCAAAGAAGAAGGCUCUGAAAGACACUCUGUCUGUAUCUCCAUCCCGCUCUGAGGAAACCUCCACUAACUCUCCUCCUGUCACCUCUGCCUUCAACCAAGUCUCUGCCUCGGAGAACAGGAGAAGUGCCUUCUCCCAGCCCCCACGCUCUGUUCCACUUCCCCAGACUACCCCCCUGCCUGAGAGGGCUAAAAUCUCCAUUACUACUCCCUCUACUGCUCUCCACAGACCUGUGCUGGUCCAGGGUGUUUUGAAACAGAGGCACCCUCUCUAUAGCCCAGCAGCUCUCUGGCCCUGGACCCCAGGGAGACCCCUGCAGGUCCCGAUCCCCCCCUCCCCGGUGCUGCUGUCCCCUUCCGUCUCACGACUCUCGCCCCUCUGCCAGCCGGCUCAGAACUGGUGUGCCAAAUGCAACAUUUCCUUCCGUCUGACUUCAGACCUGGUGCAGCAUAUGAGGUCUCACCACAAGAGGACGCUGGAUGCCACAGGAUCUGCGUGUGGGGCGAAACAACAGCAUCACAGGGAGAGGGAAGAGAGGCUCAAGUGUUCCAUCUGCAGCGAGGUCUUCAGACAACGUCAUCACCUCGCACGUCACUUGACCUCUCAUACAUGAGUUCAGUGAGUUCUUAUCAUUAGUAAGGUAUAAUAUUCAUAUUGAUGAAGAUACUAAUGGGGACCUAAUUAAACACAUGCACUAACUAUUAUGUAAUUAUUAUAAUGUACAUUAACAAUGCAAUGACAUUUUAUUUGAAACAUGUAUGAGUCUGCUUACAUGUAAAGUAUAAUUUUCUCCCCUUAGAAAUAGUUUAGAUUUUUUUUAAAUUCUCAAUUCAGUCAAAUGUGACAUUUUUAGUAUGCUAUUUAUUUUCUCAU